UGCACGCCGCAACUCCGAUCUCGCCUUCCCCUAUUCCUAGCUUGCUUAGCUAUAAAACUAGCCCCGUCGUUUCAGCCUUGCUUUCUCCGUUCCUCAGACUCGUCAGAUUUCAGAGUUCGGUAGCGCGGUUGUUGCCAUGAGCUGCGCGAGCCUGCUGCUCCUGCUCUGCGUCCUCCUCCUCCUUGCCGCCAUCGGCCCCUUCGCCGCCGCUGCACGCAGAGAACCAGCAAUGGCGGCCACCGGCGACGAAGCAGAUGGCGCUCAGGCCAAGCUGGCCAGGAUGGAAAUGGCUCUCGCAGACGGCCAGGAGGAGAGGGUGAUCGUGAGGAAGCAGGAGAGUACAGACUCUGACAGUUUCACCACCACAAAGUUUUCUUCGAAUGCCAAGAAUCGGUUCGACGGCCGGGUGCCCUUCACCGCCGAUUACCACACCGUACGCAGGCACCCGCCCUCGCACAACUAGGCGGAGCUCAGCUCAGUGUACGUACUACUACUACUGGCUAGCUAAGCUGGUUGGUUGCCUGGAAAUACAGUUAAAUUAGCUUAUAGAGUAACAGUAACUACUAGGCUGUAUAACAUUUUCUCAUCCUCUCUGUUCUCUCUAUUCUUUGGCCCUUCUACGUAGUACCACUAGUAUGCCACUCGUCUCCCUUGUGGCUUGUCAGCUAUGGAUUUGCUGACGUUUUGUUAGUA